CCCCUCGUCCUCGUCACCCACCCCCUCACCCCCAACACCAUUCCUCACCCAGCCCUCACCCCCUCCCGCCUUAACCUUACCCCUAACAGAUCGUCCUACACAACCCUCACCUCUACACCCUCCCCCCUCCACCUCACCCCUCUGGGAAGAAACACAGAGGAAGAGGAGGAAGAGGUUGAAUACAGACUGACUCUGAUUGGCUGCCUCCCGGUCCAUCACCUCACCACCAUGGCCAUGCUGCCCUGGGUCGUGGCUGAGAUCGGGAGGCCUCGGCCCGGGGAGAGAGACAAGCCCGUAGGGGGUCGGCCGCCUGGAAGUCCUGCAAGUAGAGGCACACACCCCGGAAACGGAGAGAGCGUUUCCUCACGACGACACCAGGCGGUGUGUCUGUGUGUGUCCGCCUCGUGGGUGAGGUGUGUGUGGACGGAGGAGGAGGUGGAGAGGGACAGGCGACCGUGGGACCCCCUCACACACACGGUGUUGUUUAAGUGCCGGCCGCACCACGUCACCAAGCUACUCCACGACAGCAGGGAGCCGUGUAGCUUUGGUUGUCUGGUUCGAGACACACAUCUCUGUUACUGCUACGUCUUCCAAUGCCAGGACUGCACCAAGGUCCCUGAGAUCAUCAGUGCGCUGCGUCAGGCCGGGAAGAGCUCGGCGCGCAACGAUGACCUCGCAGCGCCCAAACCCGCCGCCUCUUCCUCAGAAGACUGUACUCCGUCCGCGUCGUCGGCCUUCGGCGCUGCCACCAUGUUCGCCAAGAGGUUUGAGGUUCUGUUCUGUGGAAGAGUGACCGUCGCUCACAAGAAAGCCCCGCCCGCUUUGAUUGACGAGUGCAUCGAGAAAUUCAGCCAAUCCGUAAGGGCCGGGGGCGAUCCUAAACCAGAUAGCGGCGGUGGAUUGGUGGACGGGCUGCGGAGAGCUCUGGCCUUACCGACGCUAACGCGAAAUGGAGGAACGGGGGAUGGAGAGGUCAGGGGAGGAGGGUACGGUGCCUCUAGUGGUGGGAGGCCGGUGGUGUUCAAACAAGACCCCAGUUUCCCCUGCCUCCGGGCCCUGGAUGAGAACGGCCUGUCACCUGAACUACACACACACACCGCUGGGGUCCAGCCCACCAGUCUACAGGAGAACAGGACCAUGCUGUUCAUGGUGGGUCGGUCUCAGAUCUUCCUGGUCAGUCCAGACACUAAGAAGGUUGCCAUAGAGAAGAGCUUCAGAGAAAUAUCUUUCUGCUCACAGGGUAUUCAUCAUGUGGAUCACUUUGGGUUCAUCUGUAGAGAGACAGUAGAAGGAGGGAGCUGUACGUUCGUCUGCUAUGUCUUCCAGUGUACUGAUGAAUCCCUGGUGGAUGAGAUCAUGUUGACUUUAAAGCAGGCGUUCUCUGUGGCCGCCCUGCAGCAGAGUGUAAGGACCAGGAGCCAGCAGUGUGACAGUUGCCCCAUGCAGCAGCUGCACAGGCUGUGUGAGAGGAUAGAAGGUCUCCUCCCGUCUAAAGCCAAGCUGGAGUUUCAGAAACAUCUGGCCACACUGGACAACCAGGAACAAGCUGCUGUGUUCGAGAACACUGUGAGGGCCAGUCCUAAGAGUGACCAGGAGGAGAAUGAGCUGGUGAUGGGGUCUUUGAGGAGUCUGUAUGAACAGAAACAGAGGAGUCAUCAACACACAGAUCACAGACCGGUACCAGAGGCUCCAGCCCCAGUAGAGGUCCAGUCCAGUAGCAGACAGAGAUUAGAGCAGUUUAAAACCAGAGCAAAUAUUUUCACAGAGUCACUGGAGGGCAUCUGGAAAGGUAGGGGGAAGUGACAGGUAUCUAACUCUACGGAACAGGUAUCUAACUCUACUAGACAGGUAUCUAACUCUACUGAACAGGACCCCUCCCUAGAAGACCCCCUCCCCGCCUCCAAUCCUCUGCGGUCUCACAACUCGACAGGGGACCUGAAACGUCUGGACACCUCUCCUCUCUCCGUCUCUCCUUCCUUCUCAUCCCUGUCUCUGUCCUCCCGGGACGCACGGUCCCAGACGCAUGGCUUCAGGCGGAGAGCCAGCACCUUCAGCCACUCCCCUUCCUACCACGAUCACGCCCCUUCCUACCCUGACCACACCCCCUCGUAUACACACACACCCCAGGUACCCAGCGGCUCCACCAAGCCCAAACUGGUCCGGCACUACUCUGUCAGCACCGACACUCCGCACCAGAGCAAACGACUCCAGGCGGACCCUACUCUUCCUUUCCUGUCCUUCCCCUCUCCUCUUCUCUCUCAUCGACCCUCAUCCCCCUCUCUCGGGGGUAGGCUGGCCAAACGAAGUCCUCUGGGAGGUCUGCGCGCUCGUCUCCGCUCCUCCUCCUCUGUUCCCAACUUCCUCAAACUCCUCGCUCCUGUCCACGAGAGCCACACCUGUGACUUAGACAAGAGGAGUGACGUAGCAGCCCUGUCCAGUCCGGUAGCAGUGUGUGUGGUAGGAGACAGUCCUCUACGUAGACACUCCUGGAGACAACAGAUCUUCCUUCGUGUCGUUACCCCUCAGAAAAACACUGACCGCAAUGACAGGGGUGACUGCUCCUUAGACGGCAGGGGAGUGUCUGUGUGCGGGGUUGGAGACGGAUCACUGGGCGUGGUUCCGGAGGAGAGGAAGAAACGUGGCCGAGCAGAACUGAGACAGCUGUGGAGGAAGGCCAUCCUGCAACAGACAUUGCUGCUGAGGAUGGAGAGAGAGAACAACAAGAUACAGGCUUCGGAGAGUAAGCGCCUGCGUCUGGACUAUGAGGAGAUAACUCCCUGUCUGAAGGACGUUACGCUGGUCUGGGAGAGCAUGCUGGGAACUCAGGCCAGGUCGAAGGUCAAGUUCAACACCGACACUGUCCACUCUGCUGUCGAACAGGGAGUUCCUAGACAGUACAGAGGAGAGGUGUGGAAGUUCCUGUCAGAGCAGUUUGUAUUGAGACAACCGGUUCCUGUCAGAUCUCCAUCUGACAACAGGCCUUAUAAAGAACUGCUGAAACAACUGACCUCCCAACAGCACGCCAUCCUCAUAGACCUGGGUCGUACCUUUCCGACCCAUCCUUAUUUCCAGGCUCAGUUGGGGUCUGGUCAGCUGUCUCUCUAUAACCUCCUGAAGGCCUACUCUCUACUGGACCCAGAGGUGGGAUACUGUCAGGGUCUCAGCUUCGUAGCAGGAGUGUUAUUGUUGCACAUGGGAGAGGAGGAGGCCUUCGACAUGCUCCAGUUCCUCAUGUAUCAUAUGGGGCUUCGCAAGCAGUACAGACCUGACAUGAUGAUACUACAGAUUCAGAUGUACCAGCUGAGCCGUCUCCUCCAUGACUACCACAGAGACCUCUACGUCCAUCUGGAACAGCAUGAGAUAGGACCAUCUCUCUAUGCUGCUCCCUGGUUCCUCACGGCCUUCGCCUCUCACUUCCCUCUGGGCUUCGUAGCCAGGGUGUUUGACAUGUUGUUUCUUCAGGGUUCGGAGGUGAUCUUCAAGGUGUCGCUAAGUCUUCUGGGUAGUCACAAGCCCUUGAUCCUACAGCACGACAGUCUGGAGUCUAUAGUGGACUUCAUCAAGACUACAUUACCUAACCUGGGACUAGUCCAGAUGGAGAAGACCAUCAACCAGGUGUGUGAGAUGGACCUGUCCAAUCAGCUGCAGGCGUACGAGGUGGAGUACCACGUCUUACAGGACGAGCUGUGUGACACGCCCGCUCACCUCAACCAAUCGCAGCGCACCGCCCAGCUGGAACGCACCAAUCAGAGCCUCCGACAGCAAAACCUCGACCUGCUGGAGGAACUGCAGGCGUCCCAGGCUCGUGUGUGUCGUCUGGAAGGCCAGGUGGAGGGGCUGGCCCAAUCGGAGUCUCUGCUGAGAGAACAGGUGUUCGACCUGGAGGAGGAGAGGAACGGACUGCGGAGCGCCGUCACACACCUACACACACUCCUCACCGCGCUGGGAAUACACACACACACAACGCACGGGGACUUCAACCUGGACCCUCACACACACUCCGCUGCCGACACAGAUGGACAGAGAGAUGGCCAGAGAGAUGGCCAGAGAGAUGGCCAGAGAGAUGGACAGAGAGAUGGCCAGAGAGAUGGACAGAGAGAUGGCCCGAGAGAUGGACAGAGAGAUGGACAGAGAGAUGGCCCGAGAGAUGGACAGAGAGAUGGACAGAGAGAUGGCCAGAGAGAUGGACAGGGUGUGGACGCCCCCACCAGACUGGGGCAAGGGACAGCAAUGUCCUCCCCUCUCCUCCCUCAUCCACUGGCUCUACCAGAACACUGAAUCCUCUCCUGGAGGACUGUUCUCCUGUACUGAAAUGUGUGUGUGGGGGGGGGGGGGUUCGCUGUCCUCUCUGGGCCGAUACUCCACACAACAGUC